CUGACUAAACUCGAUCAUCUGCCGCCUCGGUCGCACUUCUGCCAAACGCCUUACUCAGUGUGUGUGUGUGUGUGUGUGUGUUUAUGUGGUUUGGUUUGUUAUUUUUUUCGUUUUCGUUUGGUUUGGUUUGGUUUCAGUUUGCCGUUUGCCGUUUCUUGUCCCCCCGAACGUCGGGGAGGGAUUCGUCUUCACGUUCCUUGUCUGAUAAUUUCGGAAAAGAAGCCGGGCAGAAUCGGUCCCCCCGGGGAGGGCGGACGCGACAGCGAGCGAAUGAGCGAGCGAGUAGCGUCGGUUUUUUUGGUGGCCCCACGACCAGCAGCCAUUUUGGUACUAAAUCGUAGUAUAAAAGCUACGCGAACCCGGAGAUGCUACAACAUUAGUUCUUCUGCUUCGGUUCAGUCUAAGUCUCCCAAGUCUGAGCGGUGAAAGCAGCGAGGAAAUCCGGUCGUCUGAACCUUCGACAGCAAGAUCCCAACAAGAUCCAAGAUGAAGUGUGUUGCACUGUUGGCUCUGGCCAUGUUCGGUUGCGCGCUGGCGCAGAACGCUGUGCCCAACGAUGGCCGCUACUAUCCCGAGUACUACGAGACCAAGUGGGAUGAUGGUCGCUGGCGCCCGGACGGCCGUGGUAAGUACAGCGACGGCCAGUACCGCCCAGGUGGCCAGGGAGGUUCGGGAGGAUUCGGUGCCGGUGGCGGUUCCGGUGGAUUCGGUGCCGGCGGUUCCGGUGGAUUCGGUGCCGGCGGUGCCGGUGGAUUCGGUGCUGGCGGAUCUGGUGCCCUCGGAAGCCGAUUCGGAAACGAUAACUCUGGCAGCAGCUCGUUCGGUGCUAGCGCUAGCAGCGGCUCGGACGGUUCCGGUAGUGCCUCUGCCUUCGGUGCUGGAGCGGGUGCUGGCGGUGCUGGUGCUGGUGCUGGUGGAUUCGGUGCCGGUGGUUUCGGUGCUGGCGGUCUCGGCGGUGGACGCGGGUCAGGAUCGGGCGCUGGACAGCGCGGCAAGGGAUCCGGUUCCGGUUCGGGCUCGGGCGAUUACGAGAAGAUCAAGGAGCAGGUAAAGCAGUUCAACGAGGACGGUUACUACUACAAGUACGCCAACGACAACAACAUUGAGGCCGCCGAAACGGGCCGCAUCGAUAACCGCAACACCGACGAUGAGACGCUGCGCGCCAAGGGCUACUACGAGUACGUCGGUGAUGAUGGCCAGAAGUACCGCGUCGACUAUGUUGCCGAUGAGAACGGUUUCCAGCCGACCGGUGACCAUCUGCCGACGCCACCACCGGUGCCGGAGGAGAUCGCCCGUGCCCUCGAGUACAUCUCGAGCCAGCAGCGAAAGUAAGGCGGCCAUAGCGAGGCGUCCUGGCGCCCCGAACCAACCAACCAACCAAACAGGGAAAGGAAGAACAGAGGGAGCUAAAAAGAGCGAAAGAGAGAGAGCGAGAGUGAUAGCGAGAGCGAGAGAGAGCAAAGGAGUUGAAGGGUGAAAGAUUCUAGAACAUUCGAGGAUCUGAUCCACUGCAGCUACUCUCCCUCUCUUACUCUGCUGCACAACAGUCAUUCAGUUCCAGUCCAGUCAGACCCAGAAGAGUCAAUCAGUCGUCAGUUCGACCCUCCGUUCGACACGAUUUGCCACAAACCAACCGAGACCGAUCCUGUGUUCGAAUUGUAAAUUAUUAGUUUUCAACCGAAUAAACAAACGUUAAGC